UGAGCCGAAUUGGAUAAAAUGGAGCGGAGUUGUUUCUUUUCGGAAUGCAGCUGUGGAAUGAUAGCCUUCCUCGUCCUUUGACUUGCAACAAGGUUACUAAAAUGUCCGCUCAAAAGAAGUGUCCAGAUUGUGGCUCCCUGGAAAUUGUGGAGGAUUCCCACUACACUCAGAACCAGUUAGUGUGUGCUGAUUGUGGCUUUAUUCUAACUGAAGGACUUCUCACCACUACAUAUGCUGAUGAAGAACAUUUACAAGAAGUGACAUAUUCACGAAGUACUGGUCAAAGUGAACAGCUGAGCCGCUGCUUGCAGCGAGGAAUCAGACGUGUUCAGGAUCUCUGCAAAGUUCUCCGACUUCCUUCUCUGUUUGAAGAUACAGCUGUGUCUUAUUACCAGCAGGCAAUCAAAUGCCCCUACUUUGCUUUGGUCAGCUUAGAGAAGAAGGAAAUAAUUAUAGGUUGCUGUGUUUUCGUGACCUGUAGACAGCACAACUGGCCCUUGACAAUGGGCACUAUCUGCUUGCUCCUUUAUGCAGACAAGGAACUAUUUGCCAGAACCUACCUGCGGUUCUUGAAGGAAUUGGCACUAGAUGUACCAACUCUGAGCUUGAUCGAUCUUGUGAAAUCACACCUCAACAGCUUUAAGCUUUUCCAGGAAUCAUCCAGCAUCCCAGCCAAAUUUCUGGAAGACAAGGAGAAACUGUUGGCCAGGACAAUCCAGAUAGUGGAGCUUGCCAGCGAGACGUGGCUGGUGACUGGUCGGCAUCCCAUCCCCAUUGUAAUGGCAGCAGCUUUCUUGGCAUGGCAGUCUUUGCGACCUGUUGAUCGCCUCACUUGCACCCUUACAAAGUUCUGUAAGCUCGCUGGCAUGGACAUGCCACGGCCAGCCCCACAAAGACUGAAGGAAUUGCAUAAUAUUCUCCUUCAGAUGGCCCCUCAACUAGGUUGGUUGCGAGGGCUCAAAGUGGACCGGAGGUCUGUGUCAAAAUACAUUGGAGACUUGCUGCAACAUCGCCGUGUGCUCCUACGGGCGGCUUUUCGUAUGGUGGAUACCACAAAAGACCAUGAGCCUGAGAACUUCACAGCACCACCAGACCAUCAGCCUAUAAAACCAACCAUUGCUUUGACAGAAGAGGCUUCUGUUGCUGGGAAGAAGCGGAUGCCUUUGCUUCCACCUUGUAUCCUGUACCCAACAAAGAAGCCUCGACCCAGCAAUCCAGACCCUGAAGGCCCAACUGUCACAGGGGACGAGCCCAUUUUAGACAGUGAGAUUGAACAAUACAUCCGGACUCCAGAAGAAACGGAACUGUUUAGCAAAAUGCAAGUUCGCCUGUACUAGUGAAGGUAUUUAGUGAUGUUAAAAGGCUGCAGUCAGUGGCAACAGGGGUUGGGUUUUUGAUAUUUAUAGUCCGUAGUCCCAGACGUAUUUCUAUCCUGAGAUUAGAUGAAGUCACUGUGCUCAGGAAAGUACAACCUUGUAUCUUUUUAAUCUUCUGCAGUCUGUUGCUUUGUAUGCAGUAGUUGGGGUUUUCUGGAUUCAAGUUACCAACAAAUGUAGAAGGUUAUAAUAAAGUUUGGGGAAAGCAGCAAUAGAACAUGAUUUUUAGGAGUUUUUUUUGCUAGAUGUUGGAAUAAAUGUAAUUAAUAAUUUUCUUAAAAGGUCGCUCUUGGGCCUAGAUGUAUAUCGGUGAACACACUAACGUGCUUCUGCUACAUUUUUAGUCCCGAACAUCAGAAAAAAAUGGAUUUAAUCCUACCACAUUGAAGUUUAAUGAUCUGCAUCAGAUACACUCCUGGUUUAUUUUGCUUCUCAUGUUUUGAAUUGGAUUGUUCUUAUUUCCAGUUCAAACUUUACUUUGCAUGUUAUUUUAGAAGUUUCCAUGUGAGUCUGAAGGUAAACGUUCAUUUAGCAUUCAGUGCCUUAAGUGGACUUAGGGUCUGCAGGCAUUGACUGAGGUUGAAAGUGACAUACGUAGUAUAGAAACGGGCAUAUUUUGAUCCAUAUAUCCCUUCAAGGGGGUGGGGGGAGAAGAGGAAUAAGUAUGAUCAUGCAUGCCAUGAUGUCAUCAUGCAAAUAAGCUGAUUAUCCUAUGUAUAAAUGGGAUGAAAUCAGCAUAUCCCUUUAAAUCUUAUGGGUGAAACUCUAGUCUUCAGCUUGUGUUUUUUCCCCUUGUUAUUUGGCUAGUGCCUACAACCUUUUGUACUUGACUUCAGCUAUAUAUAUAAAAAGCUGCAAUAGAAAGAUUUGAGAAGAAUUGGCCCAGUUGGGAUGAUAAACACCUUUUGAAUGGGUGCACAUUCCAGCUCUCAUGAAUAAGUAGGUGGGAAAACUAAUAAGAGUGUGCAGGAGAUUUGCCUCCUAUCGCCAGUGUGUGAGAUGACCAGUGUAGUUGCUUGAAUGGCUGUUCACCUCCCACACAUCUUUUAAGUGUUGGGUAAGUGAGUCCCACUGCUUGGAAUCAGUAUACAAGUUUGAUUUAUGACUACUAAAAUAUUAAAAGUGUGUAGGUUGGGAUGGCAAAGUAUGGGUGGAACAUAAAAGUAAUAUCUAGUUUAUUGGAUAUUGCAGUUCUUUUAAUAUAUUAAACAAGAAACAUCUGCUGAAAACAGUUCAUUUGUAUAAAAUGCAAACACAACAGAAAUGUAUUAAAUGCUUUCUUUGGCACAGCUGUCUCUCAAAGAGCUCUGGUUUUGAUAUGUCAUUUGCUCAAAAUGUAAA